UCCUGGGAUUCCACACAGGAAGAUCCGGAUUCCGAGGGUGAAGAACAUAUUUCUAAAAUAGAAGAAAACACAAAAAAAGAUCAGACGUCAUCACCGUACAACCCGUCUUAUAAAGAGGAGGAAAUUCUUCCAGAGAUUAGCGCAGAUGGAUGUGAUGUUGGGAAUUUCUCGGAGGCGUCUCCGAUGUCCUCGGCAGAUUAUGAUGGAGAAGAAUACGGAAUCCCAGCUGAUUCUCGGAACGAAAAACCUUUUUUGUGCUCGGAGUGCGGACAAAGUUUCAAGUGGAAAACCAGCCUGGAACGACACAUGAGAGUUCACACCGGUGAGACUUUUCCAUGUGAAGAGUGCGGGAAACGUUUUAGGCAGAAGGACCGGCUCAAGGCCCACCUGAGAAUCCACACCGGGGAAAAGCUGCAUUUUUGUACGGAGUGCGGGAAAUGUUUUGUGUGGAAGGAUUCGCUCAUCAGACACCUGAGAAUCCACACGGGCGAGAAGCCAUUUUCCUGUCUGGAUUGCGGGAAAAGCUUCACUCAGAAAAGCAAUCUUUGGAGCCAUCAGAAAGUCCACAUAGAGAAGAGUUCCAUGGAGUGCGGGAACUCUCUUGAUUAUACAUCCGAGCUUCCCAUACAUCAGAGAGCCCAAGCCAGUAAGAUGCUGUCGUGCUCGGAGUGUGGAAAACUGUGUGUAAGUAAAUCUGAACUUACCAUACACCAGAGAAGUCACACCGGUGAGAUGCCGUUUUUAUGCCCAGAGUGCGGGAAGUGUUUCUCGCGACAAGGGAGCCUAACUGGUCACAUGAAAAUGCACACUGGAGACAAGCCGUUCUCCUGUCUGGUGUGCGGGAAAUCCUACGGCCGGAAAAGUGAACUCGGCAUACACCUGAACGGUCACACGGGUCAACAUCGCUUUUCGUGUUCAGAGUGCGGAAAAGGUUUCUCUCACAAAGAGAAAUUUCGCAGACACCAGAGAACCCACACGGGCGAGCGACCUUACAGCUGUUCGGAGUGCGGAAAAGGCUACCAACAGAAUUCGCACCUUCUUGAACACCUAAGAAGGCACACAGGAGUUUGCCCGUUCCCGUGCUCGGUGUGCGGGAAGAGUUUCCCACUGCAGUCUGCUCUUGAUAAACACCAGAUCAGGCACACUGGGGAGCGUCCCACUUCAAAUAAAUCGAAUGCUGAUAAAGGACGCCUCCGUCGGCAGCGGAAAAAAGUCACACGGGCCAGCAUUCCCUUUCCUGAACAAUGUGUGGGAAAUGUUUCAUUGAUAAAUGGGGACCUUGAUGUUCACCUGACAAUUCACAAGGGUCAGUGAAGAUACCAUGGAAGAA